AUGGCCGUGUGCACAAAGAUCAUUAAUGUAAUGGCGGACUCGUGGCUGUCAGGGAUGCGUUUAGUAAACACCACGGAAACAGUGUGCACGCCAAAGAUUCAACCUUCAGUACAUUGGGCUGUAACUAAACUCCCGAAUCCUGCGUGCUUUCGAUCGACCGAAAAUCAGAAAAGAAUGGACAAUUCUGAACUGGAGAACGAUGGUCCUAAAAUUGAUUGUGGCCUCAAUCAAGUCUCGUCGGAAAUGGAGAUUCAAGAGAAUUCUCCGUCACUAUAUGCUGCUACUGAUGUAGACUUUCCUUCUGGCAUGGGUGUGCACAGCUUUUCAAUGCGUUCUAGCGUACCAGUGUCGCAUGAAAGUGAAGAAAAUGCACCUCCUUCGAUCGAGUUCGAUGCUUCAGAGACCCUCGCUUCAGAAACUAACGCGCAUAUAACUGAUGGAUUUGGCGAAUCCGAGCCUCUACUUACUGGUCCGCUUUUCGACUGUUCCUCCAUGGAAACAGAUAUUCACGGACUUGGAGAGAUUGAUUCUGAUUUCUUUGCCAAUUGA